AUGGCGCCGCUCCUCGACCUGGCAUCACGACAUUUGGGGCAGCUUCUCGGCGGGUUUUGGCUAUAUGCUUCCCAUCACGGUGACCGAUCAAAGUCUUUGAAAAGAGUGGAGCUGAGACCUUUGACAAUCGUGCAGACGCGAAAAUCCAAGGCGGUAGUUCCUGACUUGAAUGAUGUUGCAUUGGGGAUGAGCGACAUUGGCCGAAUCUCGGUGCGAUAUGUCACGGGCACCACCAAUAGGAUGGAGGCCAAGAACAUCAUGCUGGAUGAGGGAGCCACCAUUGAAUGUAUCAGCCCGGUUUUCGUCAGGCGUCUGGGUCUCACUCCAGAGCGACUUCUCACCCCAUGGACGGUAUCCCUCGCCAACGACCAAAGAGAUACGAUCGCAGAUUUGGUUGUCAUCGAUGUCGUGUUCAGGGUAGAAACGGAGUCAUGGACGUCGUUUCUCUUCACCCUCGGGCGCAUCUCAUUCUCCAGGACCCCCAUACCGAAGACGGCGAAUCUUGACGAGGACGCAGACUCGGAGUGCUCGGAGAACAUGGACGAGAUCGAGACCAUCGAAACCAGACGCAAGGGCAUUUCCAACAUUUUGCACCUUGGCGGCUUGCUCAAGAAUCCGGCGGCAAAAAACUAG